GUUCCGGUUCCGGUUCCGGCGGGCGCCGGUUCCGGUUCCGGCGGCGGCGGGGCGGCAUGGCGCGGAGCACGCUCUCCUCCCGCUUCCGCCGCCUCGACAUCGACGCGUACGACGAGAACCGGUUCGUGGAGGAGCCCGAGGAGGCGGCGGCCGAGCCCGACGCGGGCCCCGAGGUGGAGGCGCUGCUGCGGCAGGGGGAUGCGCUCCGGGCCUUCCACGCCGCCAUCAGGAACUCGCCCGUUAACACCAAGAACCAGGCGGUGAAGGAACAGGCCCAGGGAACGAUGCUUAAAGUCCUCACAUCUUUUAAAAGCAGUGAAAUAGAACAAGCAGUGAAUUCCUUAGACAGAAAUGGCAUUGACUUGUUAAUGAAGUACAUUUAUAAAGGAUUUGAAAAACCAACAGAAAAUAGCAGUGCAAUAUUACUUCAAUGGCAUGAAAAGGCAUUAGCAGUAGGUGGACUAGGUUCCAUAGUAAGAGUUCUUACUGCAAGAAAGACUGUUUAAAAGACUAUUAACUUGAACCAAGAAGAUGAUCAGUUUUGGACCCAGAAGAAGGAACUAGCUGAAAUGACACUGGUCCAUCUUUAUAGAUUGCAAUCUGUUGAAAUACUAUGGAAACCUCUUCUUGGAAUGCUUUUAACUUUAAAGGUGGGGGAAGAGUAAACAUUAUUCCUGUAUGCUCUGAUUAUCAAAUACAGGAGCCACAACAUUAUCUUGAUCCCUUCUUUAAAAGGCAGAGAAAAGGCAAACUGCCUCCUGUUACUGUAAGCAAACAGGUAUUUUCAGAUGCUGCUUUAUCAAAGUGCGGUGAUGUAAGAUCCCGUGUGUACUGCUUAUUUAAGAGGUAGCUAUGUCUUUAGCAGAUGCAAGACUCUGCAGCUUAAAGGUGGGAGAAGUGGUUAUUAGAAAGAGUGUAUUGGGCAUAUGGUCAAAGGACUAGCUGGACUGUGGAGUUGGUUUCAUUGUGAAGUGCCUGCUGCAUUAAUAAAGUUCUUGGAUCACA